UUGGUACGGUUCGAAUAACAUAUUCUGAUGCGUUGAAGUUACAAGAAGUGAAACAAGAAACUCUGAAACUUAUCCGUAUAUUUAUGCUCACACGUGAUUGCUUUUGGAACAGGCACUAAAAUUAGAUAAACACAUACUAAUAACGCGUUAAUAACAAACUACUAAUUUGCUUGGAAAGUAAUUUUAUUCUUUCGUGAAAAUGAUGAGCCUUUCCGAUCGUAAUACAAACACAAAAGGUACGAAGGAUGAUCGUAAGCCUCCUCCACCACCGAAGAAAAUAAUGGAAUAUCUGGAUGAGCAUGUAAUUGGCCAAGAACUGGCCAAGAAAGUGUUAUCAGUGGCUGUUUACAAUCAUUACAAACGUAUUUAUCACAAACUUGUUCCGUCAUCUGACGAUGGGACACAUCAAUGGUCCCCUUCGAAUGCCUCGCAAGAUCAUCAUAUGGGAUUGGAACUGUUGGAUAAUAAAAUACAUGAGCUUAAACUGGAGAAAAGUAAUGUUCUAAUGUUGGGUCCGACAGGAUCGGGUAAAACACUGCUUGUAGAAAUGAUUGCACGCUAUUUGGAUGUUCCAUUUGCUAUUUGCGACUGUACUACAUUAACGCAGUCUGGUUACGUGGGAGAGGAUAUAGAUAGUGUUCUCACAACAUUACUUCAAGAAGCCAAUUAUAGCGUUGAUCGUGCCCAAACUGGAAUUGUGUUCCUCGAUGAAGUGGAUAAAAUCAGCGCGGUUCGAAGAGGAUGCGGUCCAGAUGUCGGUGGCGAAGGAGUUCAACGCGGUAUGCUGAAAAUGUUGGAAGGUACAAUCGUAAAUGUACGAGAUCAGAAAACAGAGAAGUUACGGGACAUUGUACAAGUCGAUACAACUAACAUUCUGUUUGUUGCGUCCGGCGCUUAUACUGGUUUGGAUGGGUUGAUUGCGACGAGAUUAAGUCAAACAUCUGCAGAGCAGGGGAACGAUGAUCAAGCUGAACAUGAUGUCAAUUUGCGGAAAGUUCAUGCAAAAGAUUUAGUACAAUUCGGAAUGAUUCCUGAAUUUGUAGGACGAUUCCCAGUACUUGUGCCGUUUCAUAGCCUUAAUCUUGAGAUGUUGGUUAGCAUUCUAACAGAACCUCGGAAUGCUCUGGUAUCACAGUACAAAGCUUUACUUUCCAUGGAUCGAGUGGAAUUAACCUUCACCGAUGAUGCGCUUAGAAAGAUUGCUCAGUUGGCGAUGGAAAGGCAGACUGGUGCUCGUGGGCUGAGAUCCAUAAUGGAAACUCUCCUGCUGGAGCCAAUGUUCGAGAUGCCCGGAUCGGAUAUUCAGACCGUACACAUUACGGAGGACUGCGUUAAAGGUCAGGCUAAGCCAACAUACAUCCGUCGAAAUAAGCUCAAUUCAGCCGGCUGUGAAUCGGAUACACCGAACAGCAACGAGACGUCCCAACCGCCUAACGAGGAAGAUGCUAGGAACUUUUAGAAGAUAACUUCUAAUAAUGUGUGAUCACUUUUGUUUAUUUUCUAUUAUUGAUGGAGAUUGAAAAUGACAUUGACUUAAAAUGAGAUCUCAGAGUACCGAAUGACCGAGAAGUGUAUUCGUAUUGAAAAGUUGCGAAUAUCGGGUAAAGUGUAGAAAAUGUUGUAUAUCUGGAGUGAUGUGCCUUUUGAUAGUCAUAAAUAUCCCUUUCGUUUGCCUUACAUUCUUGACCUAACUUUGAAAAAUUGUAAUGAAUGGAUAUGACACUAUGUUAUACCGAAUUCUACUUUUUACGUAAUUUCUGCGUUUUGUAAUUGUGAAACGCUAAUUUGGAAAUAGAUGGAAU